GCCCGGAAGGCAGAGACGUUGGCGGCGGUGGCGGCGGCAGAGGGCAGGGGCAGCCAAAAGCGCAGGGUUGGUCAUGAAUUUGCCCGGGACAGGAGCCGCGGCGGCGGACCUGGCAGCCGGCUCCUCGUUGCGUCCCCGCUGCUAACCGAACAGAUUUUGACAUGGCAGGGAGACAUCAGAAUCGUAGUUUUCCUCUUCCAGGAGUUCAUUCAAGUGGUCAAGUACAUGCAUUUGGAAAUUGUACAGACAGUGAUGUUGAGGAGGAUGCCGAAGUGUAUGAGCUUCGAUCCAGAGGAAAAGAGAAAAUCCGAAGAAGUAUCAGAGAUAGACUUGAUGACAUUAUAGUAUUAACAAAAGAUAUACAGGAAGGAGAUACUUUAAAUGCAAUAGCCCUUCAGUACUGUUGUACGGUAGCAGAUAUCAAGAGGGUUAAUAAUCUCAUCAGCGAUCAAGACUUUUUUGCCCUUAGGUCUAUCAAAAUUCCAGUUAAAAAGUUUAGUUCAUUGACUGAAACACUUUAUCCUCCAAAAGGAAGACAGGCUUCACGUCCGUCAUCUGUCCAGUAUGUUCCAGAACAACAGGAAAUUUUGCCACCUAAUGAUUCUCUUUCUUCCAGUGAGUCAGCUGGUAGCUUUUUAAAAGAAGUAGACCGAGAUAUAGAACAAAUAGUAAAAUGUACAGACACCAAAAGAGAGAACCUUAAUGAGGUGGUAUCUGCUUUAACAGCACAACAAAUACGUUUUGAACCUGAUAACAAAAACAUUCAACGUAAGGAUCCUUAUUAUGGAGCAGACUGGGGAAUAGGGUGGUGGACAGCCGUAGUGAUAAUGUUGAUAGUAGGUAUAAUAACGCCAGUAUUUUAUUUGCUGUAUUAUGAAAUUUUAGCUAAAGUGGAUGUUAGUCAUCAUUCAACAGUGGAUUCCUCCUCACAUUUGCAUUCAGGAAUCACACCCCCAUCACAACAGAGAGAAAUGGAAAAUGGAAUUGGUCCAACUAAGGGAAUACCCUUUGGCCAACAUGAUCAUAAACUAUAUAGUCAAGAUUCUCAGUCACCUGCUGCUCAGCACAAAACAUAGCAGUGAGCUCAUACUUACAGUGUUAAUGAUCACGUGAAUCUGGAGUGUGAUGAAUCAAUUCUAUUCAAUAACCACUUUAAAGGCAGAAGUUAAGGAGAUUGAAGAUGCUUUUGUUUUUCACCUUUUUUUGGAGCCAUUUACAAAUAGAUUGAGUGUGAAAUUCCUACAGUUGGUCAUUGAUAUUGAGAGUUGUAAAUCCAUAUAUCUUGUAUCAAUGCUUAAAGCAGAAAUGAAUUUAAAUAUGGGUCUAGGAAGUUCUUAACUUGGAAAAUGUAUCAUUUUUUAUAUUCAAGACUGGUUAUGUUUAAGUUUUAUUUUUCAAGUAAUUAUUUUUUGGCUUAAGGUUGUUAAUAUUAAAUAUAUUAGGCAAAAUAACUUUUAUAAGCCCCUAAAAUAAUGUGUAUGGUUGGGAAGUUGCCAUUUGGUCCCUGGAACACUGGAUUAGGUCAAGACCUAAAAGUGAUCUUUGUCUCUUAAAGCUUGGUGCCUCUGCUUCUGUUUUUUAAGUGACUAUAUUUGCCUCUGUUAUUUGAAAGCACUUUUGUAAUUCUUUAAUGAAAAGUGUUACACAGAUUAGCAUUAUUUAGUAAUUAAAUCCUCACAUACUGUGAUAAGUUGUUGCUGUGUUACUUGUAGUAACAUGCCUUAAUUACAUUUAAUGCCUUAUAAUACUACUUAUGUAAGCUAAUUUAAUUUUUAGAAUUAAAAUUAAGUAUUAUUUCAGAUGGUCCAAUAGGAUUCAUAACAUAGGCUGUAUAAAUUCAUCUCCACCUUCACUAUCAAGCACAACUUCAUGGGGUUAAAACAAAUUUUCAUUGUCUGCCUCUGAGAUCUGUUGUAGAAAUUGGUUCAUGAAUCAAAAGCAAAGAUGAGAGAGACCUUUUGCAUGAAAGUAACAGACAAAUUAUUGAUUGACCCAUUAACCUAUAUUUUUCAAAGAGAAAAUGUUCAACUUAAACCUUUUUUUCCUCUGAACUAUAGCAUCAAAUUGGGCAGCAGAGGCUAAAGGUGUGUAGAUCAGUUGAAAGGGCUUGAUAGUGCUACUUCUUAAGAUUUGCUGUGGAUCAGAUACAGUCUGGCUAAGUAAACAUCAUUUGUAUACUAAUUUCCAUCAUUUAAUUUCUUAAAGUGUAUGUUUUAAAAAUGUAACCAAAAUGAUUAAUUAGAAGUAAGAUUUGGUGGAGUCUGGAUUGCCUGUUUUGUGUAUAAUAAAGUAUGUACCUUUAGGUAUAUAAUACCACUUCAUUUUCUGGGCAUUAUUUACUAAUUUUUAAUGUUUCAGCUUUAGACCAGUGAUUUUAUAUUUCAAACUCCAAUAUUGGUAACAAGUGGGGUGAAAAAGUACAUAUGGUACAUGAGGUUCUAUGUACUUUCAGGAGCAAAGUAUCAUAAAAAGACAGGACAAAGAAGUCAAACAUUAAAGCUCUUGCAUAUAUUAAAGGACCUUAGUUAACAAAAAAUGUUAAUAUUGGAAGUUGUAGCAAAAUCAUUUUUUGAGUAACUUUUUAGUUUGAAAUUUUAAAAUUAUUUUAAUGUGCCUUAGCAUCUUGAAAAUAUGUAUGAUCUUUCGACUUUAUGCUGUGUUAACUUGGUUGGUUUACAUUGUAUUUAUUACGCCUGCUGAAAAAUCAAGUUUUAGGAAAGAAAAAUGGAUUAUUUUAGAGUGGAAUGAAGAACUUUGUUUACAUCGAAUUGAUGAAAUUACAGUCAAGUGAUUCCUUUUUGCUAGUGGUACUUUGAAAUCGUGGUAGGUCUGAUUUCAAAAUAAGUUACGUAAGGUAGUAAAGUGUACUGUGUACUUGAUUAAAAACCAUUUCAGUCUUGUAGAAUGGCCUCUUGAAGGAAAUAGAACAUAUCCUUAUGACACAAUCAGGCAGUUUCCUUUUUCUAUAUAUUUGAAUUAUAUCUAAUUCUAUAUAUAUCUUAUAUAUAGACUUUUAGAUUCUAAUCUUUAAGGGUCAUUUUAAAUGAAAAAAAAUUUCCUAAGCAUUUAACAGGUCUAGAAUAAUUUUAGCUUUUAAAAAGUACUAGUAUACAUCAAAAUUUGUGGCAAACACAGAUUAGUUUAUAAAACUUAAUAAGAGUUAUUGUUUGAUAUUGUGGAUUUUGUGUUGAAACUCUUCUUUGAAUUUACUUGGAUGCUUUACAUUAGAAGGUAUAUAUGUAAUAUAUAUAUAUGCUAGCAACCGCAAAUGAGUUUGGUUCACUUAAAAAAAAUGGAGUUGUAAGUGAAGAAAAAUCUGCUAUUUUUAGAGCAGAUUAUUAUUUUUUUUUAAGUCUGGGUACAAAUAGUUAGGGUUGUUUUGAACUAUUGGAUGCCAUUUAAAGUUUUUGCCGUCCUACUCCUAGAAAAUUAUGGGAUUCAUGUCUUCAAAAGAUAGAUUAAAAUGGAUUAUACGGUCGGCUGGCCACAUUAGAAUUAUAAGACUGUAAUGCUAAAUGAACUUUUCCAAAGGACUUACCGUUUAAAGCUUUUUUUUUUCUGGACUCUACUUGCUUGUUCAGUGGCUUGAAGAAUUCUUUAAAUGAACCACUACUUAAUUAUUAGUUCUUUUUAAGGUAUCUAUUUCUAAAAUUACCUACUUGGGAAUAUGAAGGAUGUUUCAGAAAUACUAUGAAGAAAGGAUCCAGUCAAAGAAUUACAGGGUAAAGAUGGAGUUUUUAGAAGUCUAUUUAAAUGGUGCAUUAUGAUGGGUAUCAUUCUUAUUUUGAAUUACAACACCGUUACUCAGGAAAUCAGUAUUUUUCUUCCAAGUAUAUGCAUAUUGCACUGUUAGAUCAUAGAAAUAUCUGAAUGCUUUAUUUAAUUCUUUUUAUGUAUGCAAAUACUAUAAAUCUUUUGUAUAAUGUAUUGGAUACAAAUGCAAAAUGGAAUUGUAGAACAUUGUUAGCAUGUACAUCUGUAAAACUGGUUUUUAAAAUUUUCUGCCCCGUAUUUUUUGUAUUUUAAGAUAUGCAAAAUGUAAUAAAGUUUCUAUUUUAUUAUUCAAUGUAAAAUGGAAGCUGGUGAAUUUAAUUGAAUAAAAGCAAACGUUUUCUCCUCUUC